CUCCAUUACAUGCAGCAGGAAAAACAUUUUUCCCCCACAACUAAAAUGAAAAUGAUGUGGGGUAGAAGCAGAGAAGUAGCUAUCAUGGCUUAAGCGCCUUCUGCACAGCUCACGGUUUCUGGGUUCUUGUUUAUUUUUUGGCUCUUUCAUUGAGAGAAGAUGUUGUGUGCUUGCUCAGGCGAGCAAUUCAAGUUUGAAGAUGCCCCAAAGUCGCCGGAGUCACUGGCGACGAGAGAUUUCUCCGCUAGUGGGCUUUCUUCGAGGACUGGAGACUGGGAAUCGAAGCUAGAUGAUGUUCAAGUGGAUGAAGUUGAAUCAACUCUUAAAGAAGCUCUCUCCUUAAACUAUGAGGAAGCAAGGGCACUAUUGGGGAGGUUAGAGUACCAGAGAGGGAAUUUUGAGGCUGCCCUUCAGGUGUUUCAGGGUAUAGACAUAAGAGGCUUGACACCAAGGAUGACCAAGGCUAUUGUAGAGAGAACUCGGCAAAGAAAACCGCGAUCCAAAGGUGAUGUUAUCCCUCCCAGUGUGAUGUCUAUGCACUCAGUGAGCUUGCUUCUUGAGGCAAUUUUGCUUAAAGCAAAAUCACUUGAGGGACUUGGGCAUUUUAUAGAGGCUGCAAAGGAAUGUAAAACAAUUCUGGAUAUAGUUGAAGCAGCCCUGCCUAAAGGUAUGUCUGAGGGGAUUGGCGAAGACUGCAAGUUGUUGGAGAUGCUCCACAAAGCAUUGGAGUUGCUCCCUGAUCUAUGGAUAAAGGCAGGUUCCCUUGAUGAAGCUAUAACUGCAUAUCGCCGGGCUCUGGUCAAGCCAUGGAAUUUGGAUUCCCAGAGGUUGGCAAAUGUACAAAAGGACUUAGCUAUCAUUUUACUUUAUGGUUCUGUUGAAACAAGCCUCCCCCGUCAUUUACAGGUUUGCGAUCCUACAACCCCAAAAAAUAGUACAGAGGAAGCAAUCCUUUUGCUGCUAAUACUUAUGCAAAAGGUGGCUUCUCGGGAAAUACAGUGGGAUGCAGAAAUUAUGGAUCACCUAGGUUAUGCAUUGUCGGUUGUUGGGCAGUUUGAAUUGUUAGCGGAUCAUGUUGAGCAGGUCCUUCCUGGUAUUUAUGAUCGAGCUGAAAGGUGGUACAUUCUGGCUCUUUGUUAUGCUGCUGCAGGUCAGAAUGAGACAGCCUUGAACUUACUAAAAAGGGUUUCAGGUAGUUCAGAAGCUAGGAAUAAACCUCAUAUUCUCACUCUACUCUUGGGAGCAAAAUUAUGUUCUCAAGAUCCCAAGCAUGCCCGAGAUGGUAUAAAUUUUGCUCGUAAAGUGAUUGACGAAAAUCAUCAGAAUCAGCAUUUCAUGGUUCAAGCACACAAGUUCCUUGGCGUUUGUUAUGGGAAUGCUGCUAGAGUUUCCGUAACAGAUUCUGAAAGAGGUUUCUUUGAGAAAGAAUCCCUUACCUCUCUAAGUUAUGCUGCUCUCAAGCGGGGGGAGGACCCAGAAGUGAUAUUUAGCCUCAGCUUGGAAAAUGCAGUUCAAAGGGAUUUGGAUGCAGCCUUUAACAAUGCAAUGAAGUACAAUGACAUGGUGGCUGAAAACUCAGGAAAAGGUUGGAGGCUGCUAGCACUUGUACUUUCUGCAGAGCAGCGGUUCAAGGAUGCUGAAACCGUUGUUGAGUUUGCUUUAGAUGAAGCUGCUAGGUUAGAUAAGUUAGAACUUCUAAGAUUGAAAGCUGUGCUUCAGAUUGCUCAGCAACAGCCCAAACAAGCAAUUGAAACCUACAGAUUGUUGCUAGCUUUGAUUCAUUCACAAAAAGAACCUCAGCCUCGAAAUUUUGUCCGUGCAAAGAGUUCUGACACAGAGGUUGUUAUGGAGAAAACCAUUGAAGCGGAAGCGUGGCAGGAUCUGGCUAACAUCUAUAGCAGUUUUGGUUCUUGGUCUGAUGCGGAAAUUUGUGUCAACAAAGCCAAGUCAAUUGAAUUUCAUUCACCCAGAAGCUGGCAUACAACAGGUAUGUUAUUUGAAGCUCAAUCCCUAUACAGAGAGGCUCUGGUAUCCUUCUCAGUCUCACUGUCAAUAGAACCACAUUAUGUUCCAAGCAUUGUCUCAACUGCGAGGAUUCUUAUGAAAUUUGGGAAGCAAUCACUCCCAAUUGCAAGAAGCUUUCUGAUGAAUGCUUUACGAUUAGAACCUACAAGUCAUGAAGCAUGGAUGAACCUUGGAUUGAUUUCAAAAAUGGAAGGCUUGUUGGAACAAGCAGCUGACUUCUUUCAAGCUGCUUAUGAGCUAAAGCUGACAGUACCUGUUCACCCCUUCACUUAAGCUGAUAGUUAUUUUACUUUCUAGAGUAUGUAAUUUGUAGGAUGGCCAGUGUAACCUGACUGGUUUCACCUCAGUGAAUUGAGAAUUCAAUCAAUUGAGAAUAUGUUCCUUCAAUGGAAGUGUAUAGCAAUCUUUGCACUUCGAACCACUGGAUUUUCCCC